GUUUGUUUAGGUUCUUCAGGUUUGUUGCUGGUGUGAGUGGAUGUUAGAUUGUGGAUUUGGGUAAGGGAUGUUUGGAGGAAGGAGUGAUUUGUUUAGGAUUUUUAGGUUUGUUGCUGGUGUAGGUGAAUGUUGAUAAAUGAUGGAGUAGAUGAAGUAAUUAUUGAUGCUGAAUUAUUUUAAUAUUGAAGAUUAGGUAUCACUGGUGGUACAUGUUAGCGUCAUUGUAUUAAAACAAGCAUUGCUAUGGCAGUUUUUAGAGCAUUAACUGCCAACUAGGUAUUCUAUGAGCACUUGUUAUGAAUUAAAAAAAAAAUUGAUUAUCAGAUGCUGAAUACAUUGAGAUUUUAAUUGUAUUAUAUUCAUCACGGUAAUUGAAUAACUUAAUUAAUCUCGAUAUUAAUACUCCACGUGCGAAUAACAUUCCUAAAUCAUGGAUUCUAAGGAACAAUUCCUUCGUCAACUAACAAUUUCCACCCUUACACUUUCACUAUUGCCAACAAAGCAUCCAAUCACAUUAAAAGCACUACAAACACAUUUCAGCAAUUCAUUCAAGAACAUCGCACACUGAGAAGCACCGAAAUAGUACUCCCAUAAAACACAAAUAAAUAUCCACAAGAACUUCGUCAAAUGAAUUACACACAUUAAAAAGAAAAAGAAAAACCUUAAAAAAAGCUUCCAUCAUCUUCCAUUCAGAAUUCGGAAAACGAUAAUAUAGAAAGGAAACCGUCAAGAUUUAACCGUUCUUCAGAGAACAGAUCGCUUCCUAUAAACCGGAAGUGAGCCGAAGAUGAUCGAGCAGUACCGUCAGCUGAAAGUAUCGGCGUUCCUCUGUCAUGGCCGCGAAUCUCCGGUGUGCCGGGGCCCGCAUCGACAACCAGAGCGAAUUACGAGAACGAACGAUCGGCCCGUAACGAAGGUCAAAGCGAAGCUGCUGCUGCUACGCGAGAAGCAGGGGGUCGCGUGGUUGGCCAGCGACGAGAGGAUCGCGUUGGUCGGCCACGAGGCGAUGGACGGACGCGGCAGGAUGAAGUUCAGGAAGCUAUUCCGCAGCCGAAUGUCGCGCGCCACCGUUUUCGGUACGAAACUGAAGCAAUGCACCAGGAAGCAGCCGGCCAAAGUCAGGAAAUGCAUGUGCUUGCCGUCCAAUUAUGCCCUCGUCGAGUUCCCCAUGGUCUGGUCCGAGCUCAGAGCGAACCAGCAGUUAUGCGACGGUGCAAUCAGAUGCGCCAGGGACCACGUAUUCCCAGUGCAUCGUGCCAUUUUGUCUGCGGUCAGCCCGUACUUCAAGGCCCUUUUCACCAACAGCCUGAAAGGCGGCAAGACCGAGACUACCGAGGUCGUCAUCGACUCCAUUCCCGGAGAGAUCUUCAGCCUCGUCCUCGACUACGCUUACACCGGCGCGUGUAACGUGAACGCGGACAACGUCGAGCAACUGUUACCGCUGGCCGAUCAGUUCGAGGUCCUAGGGGUCGUUCAGCUGUGCUGCCAGUUCCUGCUGCAGGAGCUGAGGCUCGAGAAUUGCUUAGGUAUCUUUAAAUUCGCCCGUCACUAUUUCUGCCGUGACCUGGAAGAGAAGGGCCGGAAAUACAUUCGUCAUCACUUUAAGCGGAUACUGCAAGAGAGCCCGGAAUUCAAAGAGCUCACCGGCGAGGAACUCGAGGCGAUCCUAUGCGACGACGAGCUGAACGUCAGAAACGAGGAAAUAGUUUUCGAGGCCGUUAAAACCUGGGUCGAGCACAACGCCGAAGAAAGGCAGGCUUGUUUGCCGAGGCUCUUGAAAUGCGUGCGCUACGGCCUGAUGGGCUACCCCUUCUUCACGAACAAUAUUCUCACGUGGAAGAUCAUCGAGGAGGAUCGACUCUGCCAGCAAGUGUUAACCGAAGCGGACGCGUACCUAACCGAGCAAGAAUCGGAGCAAAAUGGCGUCGAGAUCGACCUGAAGAAUCCACUGACGUGUCCCCGGAUCCCCUACGAGAUCUUGUUCGCGAUCGGCGGCUGGAGUGCUGGUGCUCCCACAAAUUUCGUCGAGACCUACGACACAAGAGCUGACAGAUGGUUUCUAUCAGUGAGCACGGACGCGACACCGAGGGCGUACCACGGAUUGUGCACCCUGAACAAUCUGAUCUACAUGAUCGGCGGCUUCGACGGGAAUCAAUACUUCAACACGGUACGGUGCUUCGACCCGGUGACCAAAGAAUGGCGGGAACGGGCCUGCAUGUAUCACGCGAGGUGUUACGUCAGCGUUUGCACACACGGUGGGAAGAUCUACGCUCUCGGCGGCUACAACGGUCGUACCAGGAUGAGCUCGGGAGAAAGAUACGAGCCUCAGAGGAACCAAUGGGAACUGAUACCGCCGAUGCACCGGCAAAGGUCAGACGCGAGUGCGGCCGCGUUGCAGGACAAGAUUUACAUCGUCGGCGGUUUCAACGGGCGAGAAGUUCUGAAUUCCGCCGAGGUCUUUGACGUGGAGACCAAUCAGUGGAGUUACAUUCAUUCGAUGACCAAUCCACGGUCCGGGGUUUCCUUGGUCGCAUUCCGGGACAGCCUCUACGCUCUCGGAGGCUUCGAUGGAUUAACCAGGCUCAGUUCCGGGGAACGUUACAAUCCGAACCAUUCGGAGGACUGGCACGCGGUCCCAGCAAUGUCCAGCCCUCGCAGCAAUUUCGCCACGGUCAUCUUGGACGACAUGAUUUUUGUUGUCGGUGGUUUCAAUGGUUCAACGACAAUUGCGUAUGCAGAGUGUUACGACGCGGAUAGCAACGAGUGGUACGAUGCAUCGCCGAUGAAUCUUAAUCGAAGUGCCCUGAGCGCGUGCGUCAUCGCUGGCCUUGCCAAUGCGCGUGACUACUCGUAUCAGAGCAAAGCUCGUAACCUUGGCCAAGGGCAAGCUUCGUCCGAAAACCAAGAGAAGACAAAUCAAGGCGGCGAAGGCGCUGCCGAAAUGAACGCCGCCAUUUCCGAGAACGAGGAAGAAGAAGCGGUGAACUUCGAGGAGCACGAUCAAGGUGAAGUCAGCGCCAUGGACGAGGCAGCGGAGAGCGUUGGCAACUUUCUAGGAUAACUAAACGAUGAAAGGAAAACAAUAUAGAAAAAAGGAAAAAAUAAGUUACAUUUCGAUAGAGGAUAAAACGACGAAUAACUCGAAGUCUACAUCGAUAUUUCUUCUCGAACAUUUUAUUCAAGAGUCAGGAAUUUACAUCAUGGCGGCGUAAGACAUCGAGUACGUGAUUUGGAAAAGGAAUAAGAAAAAGAAACGAUCGCUCAGACAAAAUAGAAAUUUCAAAAAUGCGACAGAGAAUCUACGAAAGAAUCAGAGAUUGUAGAGUAUGAAACAAGAAUCUUACAAGAUAGCGUUUUUUUAAAAUAAAUUUUACGAAAAAUUGUCGCGUAAAGUGGUACGCGGGUUUUAACUGUGAUUGGGUCUUCCAUUUUUAACCAAAUCGCUGUUUUAU